GAAAAAUAAAGAAGAAAAAGAAAAUGUUUCUUUGAAAAAAUCUUUAGAAAGUAAUCGUUCGUGAGGAGACUGUACGAGAACUCGGUACGUACACGUGUUAUUAGAGUGACCGCCGAGGCAGCCUAAUUAUGCAAAACCACAUUCGCGUGUUCGGCCAGUGGCGAACGUUGUAAAACGAGCAAGUAUGUGUAUGACUUGGAAAAGGCGUACACACGGCAGCAUAAGAACGACGACGUAGAGGUGGACAAAAUUUGAGAGACCGCCUGCCAUUGAGACGAAAUCGACCGCGAACGAACGUACAGGGAAGUAAUAAUGUUCGGUGGGUGAUUUCUCUUUCAAUAUAUCCAUUCAUUUUUCUUCUUAUGAAAAAUCAACGAAAGUAAAAUUUAUUAAUAGAAAAGUGACUCUAAACGAGUAUAGUUUUAACAAACGGAGUCUUUAUAAUCGUUCGUAGAAACCUUCCGUGCAUAUAGAUCCCCAUAAACCGAUAAGAACCAGUUUUAGAUUUGAAAUUAUCGGCCGGAAUUGCUAAGCCACGUAACUACAUUCCGUGAAUUUUUUCUUUCCUUUUCUAUAAAGGUUCACCUAAGUCGACAUAUUUCAGAUAACAAUCUACCUUUCAAGUUAGUUCCUAACUCAAUCAAAGAUAGUAUUACAAAGACAUAUAAGUAAAAUAGUAAAACAAAGAAUAUAGGAUACCAUUAACUCCUAUAUUCCAUUGUCUCAAACACAAAAAAGGAUCUAAACAUUCAUUUUGGACAAUGAAAAAAAAACCGAGAACAAGAAUCAACUCCACAAGUUCUCGAUAAUUUUGUAAGAAGAAUUGAGGGCCCCAGAUAGAGUCGGUCCGUGGUUGGUAUCCGUUUGAUAGCAGAUAGCAGGCCGAACGACGCUGGUAUGUUCUCAUUACGCGUCGUGCAGGUAUGCGGUGGCCGGUUCGUGGGUCCCGUGCACGUAGUAACACCGUCUUGGUCCAUCUCUCUCUCUUUCUCCCUCUCUCUUCUCUCUCUCUUUCUCUCUCUCUCUCUCUCUUUCAUUUUCUCAUAUUCUCUUCUCCUUCCUCUUAACUUUCACGGAGCUUGGCAUCCCUUCCAAUCGGAUCCCGCCUUUAUGUCCUUCUCUUUGGCUCCCUGAGCGGAAUAAAGCGACGAUUCCAACGAGUCACCGUGCGGCAAAUCGACGCACCGCAUAAGAAAGUGCUUCGAGUCACACAAAUUUAAGGACAGGUCCUUUUAGAGUCAGUUCGAUCGAAACGUAGUAGAAGUUUCUUCUUUUACAUUUUCGAAACUAACUUUUCGCUGUUUAUCUUAGCCCAUUCGAACUCGUUGAAAUUUUUGUAUCUUCUCUUUUCUUCUCUUCUCUUCUCUUCUCUCUCUCUCUCUCUCUCUCUCUCUCUCUCUCUCUCUCUCUCUCUCUCUCUCUCUCUCUCUCUCCAACUUUGAACGGUGAUCUUCUCGGUGACGUUGCUCGCUGGACGCUGGCGAUCGUAGUCCUCGAGAUACGUUAUGGUAGUAGUAACACUCCGAUGUGGUGGAAUGGAUCGACCAUGUGAAAGAGAGAGAGAGAGAAAAAGAGAGAAGAGGGAACUAGUUCACCGAAGAAAACGACGCCAGAGGCAGUUGCAUGCUGUACCAAUCGUUCUCUUCUUCUUCUUCGUAACUUUGUAUAGCGAAUAUCGAGAAUACUCGGAUAUCUUUUAAAAUUUUUCUUAUGACUGUUGCUUUUCCAAAAUUUUCAUGAGGAAAAGUCAAAAAGAAGCGAGAAAGACAUGUGUCUUUUUUCGUUUUUAAAAAGAAGCAACUUGCAAAAGUAUUAUCGUAAAGCUUCCGAAACGUUGAGCAACACGAUAACUCAAUCCUCAGAGAGAAAGAGAGAGAAUGUAACCGAGUAUGUACUCAGGCCCUUCUUAUCUAGAGGAUGCACACUGAAAACACAGGCCAUGCGAUUGAUUUGUUCGUCCUACCAGAUACCUGCCACGUUUAAGUUUCGAUGCGGUCAACUGUGAGAGGAGAGUCUCAGGCCAUUGGUUUCGCUCGUUUCGGAAAAAGACCGAGAAACCACGGAGAGUCAUAAAGCAAUAAAUGGCGCGUUUCCCCGAUUACGAGAAUCUUAUCGUCUUUAUUACCGAUAUAGAAUGUAAUAACUCGAAAGUCGAUUGCUUAAAAUAUGAAGAAAUGAAACAAGGAAAAGAUAAAGAAAUAAAGAAAUCGAUUUUCGAGUUCAUCUUAAAAAAAAAAGUCGAAUCUCCAAGAACUUGGUUCGCAGCUGAUCGCGAUGAUUUGCAUGUUGACUCGUAAUUCCAAAUGGAAACUAAGAAGAACUAGGAGCGUCAGUCCAAGAAGGUAGAAUGAAUCGGUUCUCAGGUGUAAAACCGGCUGGGCGUCGGCGGCUGCUGCCAGAAGAAAGAGACGGAAAGGGAAAAAAAGAAGUAGCGAAGGGGCAGGGAGGAAGGAGGGUGAUAAGGUAAGAGAGAGGGAGAGAAGGCGACUCGAUCUCUCCAAGUGCCUCUGGCUUAUGGCGGGGUGCACCGACCGCACCCCCUCGUCCUCAUCCCACCAAUGAUCUCCUUCCUCAGUGCUGUACACUAUUACAUCUUUACAUCAAACAUUUGCCUACUUUUAUCGAGUUUUUUCCAUCGAAUCUUUAAGAAUAAGAAUUUCGAAAUCAAAGAAAAAUCUCUUUGAUCUGAAUAUAAAUAAAUGAUAAUGAAAAUAAUCAAUAAUCUUGGCUAAAAGUUAAAAAAAAAUUUCCAAUCUUUAAUCUUCAACGUUAAGGGUACUCCAAAUACUAAAUACAAACCUGAGCCUCACACACAUACCACCGUCCUACCCAAGUCUCUUACGUUCAACCUGCGCGUCGCAGGCUCUGGUAGGUACGAUAACCGUGAGCUCCCCUCCCAGUUCUCAAUCUCUCACUCUGUCUCUUUCUCUAUUUCUGAGCGGCACGAGAAAAGGAAGGGAGCCGGCGAGGUCCGGUCGCGCAGCAUCCAGCAGCAGCGCUACCAGCGGCAGCCGAACGGAAAGACUCCCAGGCGAGUUGCGCCGUUCCGACGCCGUGCUUCCCUUUUACCUGUGUGUUGCUUUUGCGUGUUCGUGUUUCUUCUUGGCUGCGUGCGCUCUCUCUGUGCGCCGUGUAAGCCGAUCGCGUCCGAGAGCGUCCGACACGCAGUUAAACCGCGCGCGCUACGCCGUCACUACAGUGAGAUACGUGUACUCAAGAGACAGGAGUGAAAGAAAGAGAUAAAUAGAUAGCAUACACAUAUAUAUAUGUAUAUAUGUAUGUAUGUAUAACAUCGCGUUAUCUAUAUAUCGGAUACGCGAGAGUCUCGCAAACUUCUUCGCAAAUUUUCCGCGAUGUCACGACCGAUAGAAUACCUUUUGCGGUCUUCCCUGUCGUUAGCAAAUACGCUAUGCUAGUCGUUGGUACUACUUCCUGAGCCAAACGUGCAUGUGCGUGCGUGUGCGUGCGCGCGCGCGCCAUCGACCGAGAAGGAGCGCGUGCACGGAAUGCCUUGAAUCUCUCGAGAUCAAAGUGUCGGCAAAAAGAGAGAGAGAGAGAGAGAGAGAGAGAGAGAAAGAGAAAUAGUGUGCGUUGUGGCAGUUCAUUGUAAACAAGAGAGAACGAAAAGACGAAUGAUCGUCUUUCCUCUUUGGAGUAAUUGUGAAAUUCUUUCUAAUUGCCGUGAAAUGCGAAUAUUGAAUUUUGAAGAUUAAGAAGCUUUCGGGAAACUUUCCUUUGAUCUUCCUUCCGAAGUCUUCGAUAUGCCGACGGAUCUAGUCGUGACGCCGGCUUCGGCCACGGCUUCUGAAGAAUCCAGCAGAGGUCGUGACCUACCACUUGGUCCGUCUUCGCGAUCUGCUCCAUCAUCUUCAGGGACAUCUUCUUCAGGCUCUUCUGGACAGUCGUCCUCUAGAGGAUUCGAUCCUUCCGGUGCCCUUGCGGCUUACCAUCAACAUCGACAUGGCUUAGUAACUGGUCUAGGUCAUCCUCAUCAUCGGGAAUCAUCCGCUUUUGUACCCGUCGUACCUUCCAGAUUGCAUCUCGCUCCUUAUCCCGGCGAGAUGCAUCCUCAUCUUCCCGGAUUACCACCUUCUUCGUCUACCAGCGGAAAUUCGGAUCAUGAAGUUGGUCCCGAACAAUCAGUGGCUAGGAAAGGAUCGUCCAGUUACGAAAUUAUGGCCAUGAUGGCCGAUAAAAGAAAAGAAUUGGCAGCGAGAGCUCUACUUCUUCCACCGCCACCUCUCUUGGAACCCCCACCUGGAUACCCAGUUUUUGCAGGUCCUUUCCCUGGUAGUUCUGCUCUCUAUCCUCCGGGUGGACCAUUGGCUCAUCAGCAUCUCGAUCGAAGAUUAUUGAGAGCUCCCGGCAGAGCAUCCAGGCCGAAAAAGCAAUUUAUAUGUAAAUUUUGUAACCGUCAGUUCACGAAAUCCUAUAAUCUUCUCAUUCACGAAAGGACACAUACGGAUGAGAGACCGUACUCGUGCGAUAUUUGCGGUAAGGCCUUCAGACGGCAGGAUCAUCUUCGAGAUCACAGGUAUAUCCAUAGCAAAGAGAAACCGUUCAAAUGUGGUGAGUGUGGCAAAGGUUUCUGUCAAAGUCGCACUUUGGCUGUGCAUAAGAUUCUUCAUAUGGAGGAAUCGCCACAUAAGUGUCCAGUAUGCGCGAGAAGUUUCAAUCAACGCAGUAACCUAAAGACUCAUCUUUUGACACAUACGGAUCACAAACCAUACGAAUGUACGUCCUGCGGAAAAGUUUUCCGUAGGAAUUGUGACCUCAGAAGGCAUGCACUGACUCAUGCGGUUGGUGACGUUCCUCCAGAGGCUUUGGAAGAGGCACUUAGGGACGAUGAUAGUCCAGAAGAAGAUUGUGGUCCGGAAUCAGGUUCAUCCAUUCCCUCGUCUUCUUCGACGAAUUCGUCGCUAGCAAGCACGUCGGCGAGUACUUCUGGUUAUCAAACUCAAGCCCAAUCGAUACCAGGCCCACCACCACCACCACCUCCAGCAUCAACAUCAGCACCUGUUUCUGCACCAACAUCAGCACCGACUCCAUCGACAGCAUCAGCACCAACUCCGGUACCAGCUCCUCCGCUUCGACAGAGGCCUCAAUUACAGAUCAGAAGAGAUCUCUUGCCUACCGUAAAACCUUCCACGAUAACCAGCAGUAGUUCAACUCAUUCCAAUACGCAAAAUCCUCCAGCACCUUUGCCACCACCUCCUCCUCUGAUACUCUCGUCGUAUCGUCGAAGACUCGGUUCACCAGGUCCAUCGAGAGUUUUCUUAGAACUUCAGGAACGAGAACGUGAAAGAGAACGGGAAAUGAAACAAAACAGAGAAAGAGAUCGUGAAAGAGAACGCGAAGAAGAAAUUGAAAGGCCCCCAAGAGCACCCACUCCACAGCCACCUCCACCACCCAGGCCUGCACCUACCAGGCAAGGAUUCACAAUCGCCGAUAUCAUGCGUCGAUAGAAAAUUAUUGUAUUAUACCAAUUCUAUCGAACGUUCUCCAACGAAAAAAAUAAUUCGAAAGUAAUUGAAGAUCAAACAAUUAUCUACAUCCUACGUCUUCCGUACUUUACAUAUAUUUUCCAACUGUACAUAUACGACGUGUUCCUUUGAGAACACAUACAACUUUAACGACCAUUAUUAUUAUGUGCCAGCGAAGUUAUAUCUCUAGUCGCGGUGCCCAUACGAUUUGGAUUUUAUCAGCAUCAUCUAAAAAGAUUUAAAAAAGUAUUGCCGAAGCGUGCCUUUUUACGUUAGUCAAACAUUUAAAAGUUAAAAAAAGAUAUAUUGAUAUGGUUUUUGAAAAUACACAGUCUUUUAGCAAGUAAAUUGGAUGAUAAGAAGUGAAACUAUUAUCGGAAUAACGAAAAUGUGCCUUUUGUACGAGUGUACUACUUAUCAUUCAUUUUACAUUAAUCGACUAAAUAUUUGGGAUAUAGUACUGAUCGUCUUGUAGAAAAUAUAUGAAGAAUUGAAUAGUAAAUAGUGAAAAGGAAUAAAAUGGAGAAAAAGAAAAAAGAAGAAGAAAGAAAUAAAAAUAAAAGACAAUAAGCCAAAGUGCUUUGUCUCUCGUAAAUUUCGGAGAAGGGGUAAUGCAAAUUUCGUGGUCACGGUAGAACCUGUGCCACUGUUGCCACGAUGGUAGCAGGUGCAAUACGGUGUCGAAACUACUUGAAUCCCACUUUUAGUACUACCUGCUCCUGCUCGCAUCUAAAAAUAUUCCGACCCUCGACGAAUGCUGCCUUCUUUUUUCCCUUUGCUCCUGAGAGAGGAACCAUUAAGGGUCCUUUUGUGUUCGACCACAAAAAGAACCUUUGUGUCUGUGUUAUGCGACCGACCAAAACUAUAUUUUCUUCUCAGUAAAUCCCGUAAAAAUUCUAGAAUGAGAGAGAAAGAAAAUUAUUUUUCUUCUUUUUCUUUUUUUUCUUUUUUUUUUUUUCUUUAUUCUUUUCUUCUGGAUAAGUAUUCGUGUUUACUGAAACUUCGAACAUUAGGAAUGAUAAAUCUUGAAUAAAAAUUAUUAUAUUCGAGAGAUACAAGAAAGACACCGAUGUCUUCCAUUUUAAAGAAAAUCAUUUUAUUCGAAAUAAUUAAGACGACAGAUCUGUUAAAAAUAGAUCGAAAAUUAUUACAGCGUUGUACUAUUAUUGAUAAUGGACAACACAGUAUACAGGAAUUUAAUUCCGCGUUUGUGUUAUCUCCCAAGAGAAUGGGAAUUGAAAUGAAGAUUUUUUUUUAAAUACUGAGAGAGAGUGUAUAGUAAUAUCUACGAUGUACAAUGUACUACGUACAAUGACGGCCGUCCAAGCGAUAAUUUACAAAAGCACAAAGACGAGCUAAAUCUCCUGUUAUUUUAUACGUUUUCUGUUUAUGCUCAACAUAAAUAUCUAUAUUUUUAGAUUUAUACGUGCGUUAAGUAAGUUUGUAAAUUAUAUAUUAAGACAGAUGAAAAAUAAAAGAUACUACACAAAUACAAACAUAAGGCAACAUUGAAAAGAGCAACAAGUUGCUAAGUUUCUCUUACCUCUACCCGCAGAAUCAUUCAAAAGACAUCUAACAAAACAUCUAUAAAUUUACAUAAUAAUGUGCAAAUCGUAAAUUAUUUAAAAAAAAUUAAACUACGAUAUCAUUAUUUCCGUGAAUAGACUGCGUAGAUCUAUGCUUUACAUAGUACCACUAGAGAAUGUCUUUGUAUCGUAAAACUAGUAUAAUAAUGUCCGUAUUAACUUUAUGUAUUAAUAAUAAUGAAUAAGAGUAUUUGCGAGAAGCUACUAUACCUACAA